AUGACAGGUGUUCUUAACUACCUGGUGACUGACUACGGUCGUCAACUGGAUUUCUCCAAGAGUCUCCAAAACACUGUCAACAUUAAGCGACUAAGCCUCAAGAGGAGGCCUCGAGCGGCCGACGGCAAUGCGGAAAAAACGCAAAGCGGCAUUUCGUCGGGCCAGUGGCAUUCUGCGGAGUCCCUGUCGUCCUCCACCAAUGAUGACACAAGACUCCUGGGUCGACCUCCACUUCCUCCACCGCAUGGAUCCACGGCCGAUAAACAUUCUUCCAGAAAUGACGGACCGGAUCGCAGUGGUGAAUUAAAGUCUUCGCCGGCUGCGAGAGCUCCUUCUUUGCAAAAACAAAACCCCUUGUUGGAGCAGACCAUUGCCGAGCAACACCUACAUUUGGAGCAGGAGUCAACAGGCCACUCUCUUGGUAUCCGCCGCCGACUGGCCAGCUUCGGUGGCGUGAGCUCCCCUGGCUCUCUCUCUCGCUUCACCGGUUUGGGUGCUUACGACGACAACAACAAUGGUGGCAAGGUUCCUGGCAUCAGCAGCGAUACGGAUGGACGCCUUGGCUCCUCCCUGGGAGGCAGAGGCAGCACAGGCUGCCUCCGGUCGAGCCCUCAGGGAUCCGGAAGAAGCACGCCGGUUUCCAGUCUCGGCCCCACGCAACUGCUGAAUGUCCGUGAUCAAAUGGUAGUGGCUCUGGAGAAGCUGAGGGAGCUGGAGGAGCAGGUGAAGAUCAUCCCCUUGCUCAAGGUGAAAAUCUCAGUCCUUCAGGAGGAAAAGAGGCAACUGGCCUCUCAACACAAGAUCCAGUAUAAGGAGGGGAGUACCGAGGAAGAACUCCAAGUCAAAGAAAAGAGGGACGGCUAUGACUUCGACGACAGAGAUGAGGAGAUGUUGGCACUGGAAAGAGCCAUCAAGACUGGACAUUAUCCAACAUGGCAAGGAAGAAGCCGUUGCCGUGGGAAUGACAAGACACUUGACGAAGAAGCCAUGAAUGAACACAGUCAUACAUCCAUUGCACCACAAGUUCAACUUGGACGCAGCGUGGAAUUAGAAGCAGAGAUUCAAAUCCAACAACAAGUUAUCGCUGCCCUAACGCAGAAAACCGUUCACUUGGAAGCCCAGUUGAAAGAAUCCUCUCUCCAGGCUGAGAUGAGCCGUCUGAAGCUGGAGCUUCAAGCUGCGGAAGCUAGAAACCGAGUGGACAAAGCCUCCUCCGCCAGGCCGUCCACUGCCAGCUGCAGCACCGAGGCGAGGCCCGACACCAAAAGCCAAGGGGUCGGCAGCCACACUGAGCUCAAAGAUGCCAGCACGGGGGAUGCUAUACAGGUGAAGAGCGUGGCUGUAUCGUGUUGUGGCCCCGAGUUGAAGAAUGUCUGCACUGGCCCAGAUCUCGCAAUGAGCCGCUGGGAGGUUAGAGAGCGAGCGGAAACCAGAGAGAAGGGCGUGGGGGUCCACGUUUCGACUAACUCCCAAGGAGUCGGAGUGGAAGUGAAGCUAAGCGAUGCAGAAAGCAACACGCAGGUACCGUGGCGGAAUUUGGCGCGUAAAGAAGUCAAGUCAGUCGCAUGCGGCGACUGUUCUGUGGACGUAAUCAUCCGCCAGGCAAAGGCCACGGUUUCUCGGGGCGUGGCAACAGAUCCGGUCAAAGGGUUAGCUCUUGGACUCGUGGCGUCGCCUCAGACAACGUCCCAGCGUACCAACACUGCAUUCAGCUCCGUGUCUCGUUUCACAAACACAAGACAAGCCAUCAGCAUGGACUCCGGCGCAAACACCGUCCUCAGAAGCCAAAACAAGCACACCAACACUACCAAGGCCGCUGCGACCAGGACAGCAUCAGUAUGCAACAGGGUCAAAGACGUCAAGUGCAUCCUGAAGACACGCACAGUUGGUGUGGGAACCAGCCCCCUGGAAGAAAAUGUCCCUCAACCAAAUACCAGAGACUUCGGUGUUGGAUUCACAAGCAUUCAUGAGAACUUCCUGGUCGGCCUCAAAACCCAAAACAUGGCCUCCGGACCAUCCCAUCUACCUGACCCAGUGAAGACGAGGAGCAUUGGCGUCGGGGAAGGGAGGAUACGGGAUCUGUCGGGUUCGAACGGUGCAGCCGUCGACAGAGAAAUUCAACUGCCUGCUGACUCCUGCAAGUCCUGCCGGCAGGGUGGCUGCGACUCUGAGGUGAAAAGAAUGAUCCAGCUUUUAGAACGACAGACAUCGUCCGCCGUGAGAGCUUUGGAGGAAGUGGCCGCCUCAGAGACACUCGCAAUGUUUGGAAUGUUAUCUGGUUUUGGAAGUCGUUUUGCCGCGCAGCAAUUUGUGGUCGAGGGCCUAAAACUGAACGUCUCGUUCGGGAGCGAGGAGCGGUGCAAGUUCAGCGAGAAGAUGAUGUCGGCUUGCCAGGCCUUGAAGACGCACCUGAGUGACGGCAAGCGCUUACCAAGCAGGGAGCUGCGCGACUGCUUGCAGACGGUCCAGCAGGAGUGGUUCUCCGUGUCCAGCCCCAAGUCGGCCUCGGUCGAGUCCGUGGAGGACUACUUGUCCGGCUUCCGCGUCAUCUCGCCCUCGCUGCUGCGACACGUCGCCAACAUGGCCGACGGCAACGGCAACACGGCGCUGCACUACAGCGUGUCGCACUCCAACUUCGGCGUGGUCCGGAAGCUGCUGGACGCCGAUGUGUGCGACGCCAACAAGCAAAACAAAGCCGGGUACACGCCCAUCAUGCUGGCCGCGCUCGCCGCCGUGGACCGGGCGGAGGACAUGAGCGUGGUGGAGCAGCUCUUCGAUAGAGGCCACGUCAACGCCAAAGCCGGCCAGGCCGGUCAGACGGCGCUGAUGCUGGCCGUGAGCCACGGCCGCGUGGAGAUGGCGCGGGCGCUGCUGGCCCGCGGCGCCGUGGUCAACGCGCAGGACGACGAGGGCUCCACGGCGCUGAUGUGCGCCAGCGAGCACGGCCACGCCGCCAUGGUGAAGCUGCUGCUGGACCGGCCCGACUGCGACGCCGCGCUGACGGACAGCGAUGACAGCACGGCCUUGUCUAUUGCCUUGGAGGCGGGACAUAAUGACAUCGCCGUGCUUCUCUACGCCCACGCCAACUUCUCCAAAGGACACUCUGAGCCCGCUAAAAAGCCUGGUGUACGCAUACGAUAA